AUGGCUGACCCGCUGCUCAACACGCUGUGCAGCAUCUGCCACAUCAACGCACCCAAGUACACGUGCCCGGGCUGCAAUUCGCACACCUGCUCGCUGGACUGCAACAAGAAGCACAAGUCAUGGGCAAACUGCUCCGGCAAGCGAGACCCCACCGCCUACGUGCCCGCCACCAAGCUCAAGACCGCGGCCGGCGUCGACCACGACUACAACUUCCUGUCCGCCAUCGAGCGCGAGCGCGAGCGCAACCAGCGCGACCUGGUCGACGAGCGCAAGCUCUUCUCCGAGAAAGAGCUCGGCCAGCUCGAAGACCCCUACAGCUUCCGCAAGCAGUGGUUCGGCGAGAACGUCCACUUUCACCCCGUCAGCGGCGCUCCUAGGCAGUUCGGCUCCGACGGCGAGGACAGCGGCGGCGAGGAGGGCGAUGGCGCAAGUAACAAGAGAAACAUCCCCGCCAGGGCGAGACAGAUGACGCGCAGCGUCCGUAGCCGCCUCGCCAGUGAGUACAUCCGGGUCGUACAGAUGCCGGUUGGCAUGACGAGGCAGAGGGAGAACACGACGAGCUGGAACAGGAGGACCCGGCGAAUCAAUUGGUGCGUCGAGUGGAUCGUAUAUGGUGGCAACGGCGACGGCGAUGGCGCAGAGGACGUCGAAGGCCUCAGGAAACACACGAGGAUACGGCAUAAGGCGCUCGAGACAGUGCCGCUCUACAAGGCGCUGGGUGACUCUAUGGCCUGGUACAAGAAGGGCCAGCAGGCGGACGACGACGCGGCCGACGAUGAUGACAUUGAGCUGGCCCAGGACCGGAGCCAAAAUAAAGUGCUGAUCCGCGAGGUCAACGAGACCCGGCGACGGGGCGCCGGCGCGAUGCAAGACAACGAAUCGGCGACAUGGCCCACAAAUACAAAGUACCCGACCCAGAACCCCUUCACCAGGAUCUGGGCCAGCGACACAGGCGCGUCCGCGACAUCAUGGCAGACAGACGAGGAGAUCGAGGUGCGCAAGCGGCACAGGUUUUACAUGCUGAGACCGCUGACCGUCGCUGGCAAGCCGCGGGAGCUCAUUCCUCUCGACGGCGCCGACAACCUGACGGAGGCGCUGCGAGGCCGCACGGUCCUCGAGUUCCCUACCAUCUAUGUCCUGCCCCCCUCAGAUCCAUCCUCAACGACAACACCGCCGCUGCCGGACGGUCAUAUCCUCAGCUCGACGGAGCGCCGCAUGCCUUCGAAAAAACAGCAGGCGGCGGCGAAGCGGAAGGCCGCGCCCAAGGACGACGCACGCCAGCCUUCCCACAAGCGCCAGGCUAUGGAAGAAGGGCGCAUUCCCAUCCGGCCAUUGACGUCAACCGGCGGUAACGCACGUGGCCGAGGCGGUGCCACCUCUCGUGGGAGGGGCAGGGGCCGUGGAGGCCGGCUUCAGGCAGCGGGGCGGCACGGCGACCAGGACGCCGAAGAGGGCGAGGUCAAUAGCGACGGCGACGAGGUGGCAGCGCGGCCGAGGGUUCGGGCGGCGGCGGCGAUGGACCGCGCGGAUACUAGCAGCAGCGACCCGGACAGCUCGAGCGACGAGGACGAAGAGUCAGAUGACGAACCAGACAGCUUUGUGACACCACAUCGGCCGUCUCGACGUGAUAUGGAUGCUGACGAUGGGCCGCCUGAGGAAGUCAGGUCUGCACCAGCGCCAGCACCGAUGGUGGCCAAAAAGCCCAGCGCGGGCUUGGUGGACUACGGGUCGGACAGCGAGGACGAGAGCGAUGGCGGCGGAGACGGGGAUGAGGAGGUCGAUCUGGCUGCGUUACAGCCUGAAAACCCGGAAUUGGUGGCCGGAGCCAUCCAGGAGAUCGUUGGGCUGCUGACCUGA